AUGAAUUAAUGGUGGAAAUUUGUUUGAAUAUUUCUAGUUUUAUUUUUCAAACAGCUUGCCUUUGACUCGAUCUAAUGAGGAAAGUGGAUAAUGUCAACCUAUAUGGAGGACAAUUUUGAUUUGGUCCACAAGGGACACAAGUGUAUUGCCGGUUAAGCAACUUGCGUAGAGAUCCGUUAAUAUUGAACGUCAUCGGUACACUACUCUCGCGUUGCCUGACCUUGGAAAACAGAACGCACUGUGUCCAUUCAAAUUUUGCGGAUGUAGCGGUCUGACUCAAGAAACUACCGGAAACUACACGCUAGUUUGGAGCGGUGUGGAGAACAAAAAUAAAAAUGUAAACAGCAUCCGUUACCAUCUACAAAUAACUCACAAUACAGAUAAACAGCGCCCACUGUUGGCUAUAGAGACUGCUUUGCAUCGAACUCAAGCAUUCCAUCCAUAACACUCUGUUUAAUAAGUGAUGAAGUUGGCGUGUCAUCGUUUUGGGAGUGUUGUAAAGAACACGCCGACAAUAUCCCGAUAUGCAACUACGUGGUCUUCGGUUGUAGAAGCCUUCAAUGGUCAACAGAGGAGAGUUGAUCUGUGUAAGGAGGAUGUGGGAUUAUUUGGGGUUCCAGAACUGAGCUCUCCGGCUGGCUUCAAGGUGGCACAACAAAAAGCUCUAAGGAAAACAGAACUUUUGGUUGCCACAGCUUGUAGUAACCCACCAGGUGCCUUAACUGUGGAGACCUUUGACCAAUUGUCUGACAGCCUGUGCAAAGUGGCAGAUUUGGCAGAUUUUGUCAAAGUUGGACACCCUGACCCUGCAUUUCGGAAGGCUGCUGAGAAGGCAUGCAUAAACAUUGGCACAGCAGUUGAAAAGCUUAACACUAAUGUCGACCUGUGUAUGAGUCUCAAGAAGCUAUUAGAGAACAAAGAGGUUCUGGAAACCUUGGACCCAGAUACAAGGAAAGUAGCAGAACUGUUAAUGUUUGAUUUUGAGAUCAGUGGUGUUCACCUGGAUGAAUCAAAGAGGGGGAAGGCAGUGAGCCUCAAUGUCAAUCUGCUGGAUCUAAACAAUGAGUUUCUGAAUGGCUCCCUACUGCCUAACAGGAUAGAGAAGAAGGCCCUCCCUGAACACAUCAGACACCUUUUCUCCAUAGAUGGCAAAUCUAUCCAGAUAGGAAGUCUACAUGCGGACUCUCCGAAUGAAUUGGUGCGGGAAGCUGCUUAUAAAAUCUUUCUUUACCCGAAUUCAAGUUUGCUGCAUUGUCUGGAUGACCUUUUGGCUUGUAGGAAUGAGCUAGCCAAAUUAGUAGGCUAUGAAACGUUUGCACACAGGGCUUUAAAGAGAACCAUGGUCGAGACCCCGGAGACCGUCAUGAAAUUCCUUGAAUUGCUGACCGUCAAACUCUCCGACAGAACAGCAAAAGAUUUUAACUUGAUGAGGGAUAUGAAGAUGAAAAUGAACUCAAGAAGUACUGACCUCAUGCCAUGGGACCACCCCUACUUCAGUAGUGCAGUGCGAACAGCGAGGUAUAAUAUAGAUUCCAGCCUGUACAGUCCUUACUUCUCCCUAGGGGCCUGCAUGGGGGGUCUCAACAUGCUGUUUAGUCAGCUGCUGGGGGUCUCCUUUCAGAAUGAACAGCCCAUGGCAGGAGAGGUAUGGAGUGAAGAUGUCCGCAAGCUGGCUGUUUUCCAUGAGACAGAGGGUCUCCUGGGAUAUAUCUACUGUGACUUCUUCCGAAGGCCUGACAAACCACAUCAGGACUGCCACUUUACCAUCCAAGGGGGGCGGCUGAAGGAGGAUGGGGAGUACCAACAUCCCUUGGUGGUGCUGAUGCUAAGCCUGCCCCCUCCCACCCACAGCACACCCACUUUGCUCACUCCCGGCAUGAUGGAAAAUCUAUUCCAUGAGAUGGGCCACGCCAUGCAUUCCAUGCUGGGACGCACGCGCUACCAACAUGUCACAGGAACCAGAUGCUCCACUGACUUUGCUGAGGUUCCCUCUGUUCUCAUGGAGUUCUUUGCCACAGACCAUCAGGUGGUAAGGAAGUUUGCACGGCAUUAUCAGACUGGACAGCCACUUCCCAAAACUUUGCUGUCUUGCCUUUGUGAAUCGAAGAGAAUAUGUGGGGCUGCAGACACUCAACUUCAGAUUUUCUAUGCUGCUUUGGAUCAAGUGUAUCAUGGCAAGCCGCAGAAUCGUUCAACAACAGACAUUCUGAAAGAGAUGCAAGAAAAAUUCUAUGGACUGCCUUAUGUUCCAAAUACUGCCUGGCAACUGAGAUUCAGCCACCUCAUUGGCUAUGGUGCUAAGUACUACUCCUAUCUAAUGUCACGUGCCAUAGCCUCCAUGAUCUGGAGGCAGUGCUUCCAAAAAGACCCUUUCAACAGGGAGAUGGGAGAGCGCUAUCGCAGAGAAAUGCUAGCUCAUGGAGGCAUUAAAGAGCCCAUGCUUAUGGUGCAAGGCAUGCUUCAGAGGUCCCCAACCAUUGAGGAAUUAGUGGAUGCUUUAGUAGCUGACUUGGACACAGACACUAUGUAACCUGCUGUGAUGAUUAUUCAUGAUCUGUACUUUGUUGUUUUUUACCUACUGUGAAUUAGCUCUAGAUAUUAGUUGCAGCACCCUUCCCCAUUUACCUAAUGAAGCAAACAAGUGAAAUGUCAAAAGUCCUUCCUUGAAUUAUUGUGUCCCCUUUCUCUGCUUUACAGGGUACAAACAAAUUAAUUACUUUUAAGAUUCACCAGUACCCUUAUUUAAUGUUGAAGACUUGCAUCUGAUUACUUUGAAGAAGAACACUGUAUGACACACAGUCCCCUUGAUUGGUGUAAUUCUUGCUUUAAAUUGAAUAAUGAUAAUUGAAAUAUAGCAUCAGUUGCAGGGAAUGGAAAUAAGUAAUGGAGAAAUGGUGGUCUGAAACAAAAAAGAUUACAUUUUACAUUGAUUUUGAAUUAAAUAAAUAGUUGUUAAUGUUGAGUAGGGAAUAUCAAGUGUUCCUUGUUCAAUCCUUGUCACAUUGUGAUGAAUGUAUCUUGAUAAAAUCGGCAUGUCAUUGCUAGAGAAAACCUGUCAUUAUUGUCAUCUGAACUUGCCUUUCACCGGAUUUGGGAAUAAAGUGGAAAACACUGUGGGACUCCCAGCUGUUUUGACAUGAAAUGGGGAUAUAAUUUUGUCUGUUUCGGUCAGGAGAUCUGGACAUGAUAUAUAUAAAUAUAAAUAAAUAUAAAUUUUGGGACUUUUCAGUGCCGGUAAAAGGGGAUCCUGCUCUAAGCUGGUCUCUGGAAGACCUUUUUUCAGACAUCCAUAAGGCCACCUUUAAAAAUAAUAGUCAAUAUUGACCUGACAUCCUGCUUGUCAUACUCUCUCUCCUGGCUAUGCGGGUGUGCCGAUGCUUGCAUUUAAAUUAUUUGUUCACUGAAAUGCAUAGGGUGCUUCUGGAUUUUUUUGCUUUAUGAAAUUAAAAGUAUUUUACAGUGACCUGCUGCUGUUGAGGUUUAGGAAUUGAAUUCAGGUUACGGUUGGGAAUCUUCAUCGAUGGAAGAUUGAAGUUCACCAAUGCUCCCCAUCCAAUCUGACAGUUUGAGAGGAUCUACAAGAAAGAAUGGGAGAAACAGCCCAAAUCCGUGUGUGCAAAGAAUGUAGAGGCAUACCCAAGAAGACUUGUAGCUGUGACUGUGUCCAAAGGUGCUUCCACACAGUACUGAAUAAAGGGUCCGAAUAGUUGUA